AUGUCUUCAUUUAAUUCUGAUCCAUAUAAAAUUCUUCAAUUACAACCUGGAUGUAAUAAUUUAAUUCAAAUAACCAAAGCUUACAAAAUGAUGGCUUUAAAAUGGCAUCCAGACAAAAAUUUAAAUCAAAAAGAAUAUGCCCAUCAAAUGUUUCUUAAAGUUAAACAAGCUUUUGAAUUUCUCAAGGCUAAAAGGCUUCGUGAUAAUUACAACGAGAAAAUGACACAAAGGCGAGCAGCAUCGGCAGCACAUUUUGCUCAACGACAAAAAUUAAAUAAAGAAUAUUCAAAUUUUUAUGAAGAACUUAAUAAAGAAAAUCAAAAAUUCAAUAAAAAAAGAAAUGAAAUUUAUGAACAACAAAGAAAGUUGUUUGAAAUGUCACAAAAAAUAUUUAAUGAAUCAAAUACUAUUUUUAAACAACAAACCGAACUUUUCAAUGCUUUUAUGAAGGGAAUGACCAAAAAUAAUUUGAAUGAAAUGGUUAAUUUUUUUAAUAAAAAUUAG